AUGACAGAGAUAGCAGUGACCCUUGUCAUCGACAAAUUAUUCCAGUUGCUUGCUCAGGAGGCAGAACUGCUAAAGGACGUGCAAAGGGAAGUUGUCUGUAUUAGAGAUGAACUGGAGAGCAUUAAGUGUUUCCUCAAUGAUGUAGAGGCAAGCGAAGGUAAAGGAGACCUCCAUGAUGGUCUAAAAACAUGGGUGAAACAAGUUAGGGAGGCAGCGUUUCAUAUAGAAGAUGUUAUAGAUCAGUACAUUCUUCAUGUUGCACAAUAUCGUCAUCAGCAUAGUUUCGUUGCUUUCCUCAACAAAAUUGGUCGCAUUCUGACAAAACUAAAACCAUGUCAUGAGAUAGCCACCAAGAUUCGACAUAUCAAAAUAUCAAUCCGUGAGAUCAGGGAACGAAGUGAAAGAUAUGGCUUUACUUCCACACAGCAAGGAUCAGGUUCUGGCGCAACAAAUGCUGUGACAUGGCAUGACUCUAGAGUGGGUUCCCUUUUCACUGAGGAAGGUGAAGUUGUGGGUAUUGAAUCCACAAGGAAUGAACUGGUAAGCUGGUUGAUAAGAGGGGAAGCUAGGCGCUCGGUGAUCUCCAUGGUAGGAAUGGGGGGGAUUGGUAAGACAACUCUUGCCAAGAAAUUAUAUGAGACUGAGUCAGUCGAGGGACACUUUGACUGCCGUGUUUGGAUCACUGUGUCUCAGUCAUACAACUUGCAGAAGAUACUCAAGGCCAUGACAAAGCAAAUCUAUCAGGAAAAAGAAACGACAGUUCUGAUGGAAUUAAACAUAAUGGAUGAGAUCACACUAAUUAGUCAGCUGAGGCAUUAUUUACUGCAAAAGAGUUAUGUUGUGGUUUUUGAUGAUGUCUGGAAGACCGAGUUUUGGGAAGUUGUGAAACAUGCCUUACCAUGCAAUAACAGAGGCAGCAGGAUAAUCAUCACAACACGUAGCCAUCAUGUUGGUGUUUAUUGUAAAGAAUCUCCAUCUGAUCUAAUUCACAAUCUACAACCUCUGUCUCAGAAAAAGGCUUGGGAAUUGUUUUGCAGAAAGGCAUUCCAGGCUGAGUUUCAGGGAAAGUGUCCAAGAGAGUUGGUGAGAUUGUCGCUUGAAAUUGUCCGGAAAUGUGAAGGCUUGCCUCUUGCAAUUGUGGCCAUAGGUGGUCUUCUGUCUACAAAGGAGAAGGUUCCAUUAGAAUGGAGAAAGUUGCAUGAUAGCCUCAGUUCUGAGCUAGAAAGUAAUCCCCACCUUACAAGUGUGGCAAAGAUUCUGUGUCUCAGUUAUCAUGAUCUGCCUUACUACCUCAAGUCUUGCUUCUUAUACUUCAGCAUCUUUCCAGAGGACUAUUCAAUUACUGAUUCAAGAUUAUUUCGCCUGUGGAUAGCUGAGGGCUUUAUAGAAGGAAAAAAAGGAAAACAGUUGGAGCAGGUGGCAGAGGAAUGCUUGAUGGAGCUUAUCCACAGAAACUUGGUUCAAGUGUCAUUCGGAGAUCUGGAUUAUGAGGUACGUAGAAAGUAUAGAAUCCAUGACCUGUUACAUGAAAUCAUCCUAUCAAAGGCUGGAGAGCUGAAUUUCUGUCAAGUUUUGGAGGCAGAUGACUUGAGCUUCAAUGGAAAAGGUCGACGCCUAUCAAUCCAUGAUCCUAGACAAAAUGUUGUGGAUACCAUUGAGCCCUUUCAGGUACGUUCUCUUUUUCUCUUCAACCUGAAUGAAAUGCCCAGGUCUUUCAUGGUUAAAUUGUUCAAGAAGUUCAAGCUUUUAAAAGUGUUGGAUUUUGAAGAUGCUCCUAUCGAUUAUAUUCCUAAAGAAGUGGGUAAUUUAUUCCACUUAAAGCACUUAAGUUUGAGGAAUACGAAGGUGAAGAUACUUCCAAAGUCUGUUGGUAGGCUACAGAACCUACAGACAUUAAAUGUCAUGGAAACCCCUGUACGUGAGCUACCGAUUGAGAUAUUUAAGCUUUAUAAGCUGAGACAUCUUUUGGCCCAUUAUUAUGACUUGGGAAUUAAAAGUAGUUUGUACUCGCUGCAAGGAGUGAAAAUACAUAACAGGGUAGGAUGUUUGAAGGACUUGCAGACACUAUCACUUGUGAAGGCAAAUCAUCAUGGGGCAGGUAUAAUCAAAGAACUGGGAAAGCUGAGGCAGUUGAGGAUGUUGGGUGUCUCAAAUAUAACUGCAGAAGAUGGGAGGGUUCUGUGUGCCUCCAUGAAAAAUAUGAACCACCUUAAAAUUUUGGUUGUAAGCUCAAUCAGUGAAGAUGAGAUGCUAGAUUUACAAUGCAUUUCAUGUCCACCACAACUUUUAGAGCAUGUUAUUUUAAGGGGGAGAUUGGAGCAAUUUCCCAACUGGAUUCCAGAGCUUCACAAUCUAGUCACUUUAGGUUUAUAUUUCUCAGGGUUAGAGGAAGAUCCACUAAAAUGCAUCCAGGCUUUGCCCAGUUUAGUUAAUCUUUUCCUCAAUCAGGGGUAUGCUGGGGAACACCUGCAUUUUGAGGAAGUUGGCUUUCGUAAACUCAAAAAGCUCACUCUCAGAAAGUUGGACAGAUUAAAGAUGGUGGAAAUAGACAGAGGAGCAUUGCCGCUUCUUGAGCAACUAGAGAUUGGGCCAUGCCCCCAGCUAAAGGAGGUACCCCCGGGGAUCCAGCACCUGGAAAACCUCAAAACACUGGACUUUUCCGAAAUACACAGAGAAUUUGUGCUCAAAAUGCAGCCGGAUAGAGGCGAAGAUUAUUGGAAAGUCAAGAAGGUAACUACUGUCCGAUUCAGGUAUAGGAUUCAAGGAGAAAGAUAUCAAAUAUACAGGCUUGGUGACUUGGACUUGUUGGAGCGUCUACAGGGAUGA